CUACCGAACAAAGAUAUAUGGGGUUCUUCACAAUGUUCUCUACACGACUCUGCCUCUUUUUCUUCAUCCUCUGUCUUAAAACGACCUUCUCAUCCUCUUUACAUGCUUCUUCCUUUUCAACAACACAGCUCUGCUCUCAUGAGGAGGCUUUUGCUUUGCUGCAAUUCAAGACUUCCUUUUCCAUCAAUAACACUGCUUCUGAUCCUGAUAGAUGUAAUACUUACCAUACCAAACCUUAUUAUAAGACUGAGUCUUGGAAGGAAGGUAUAGGUUGCUGUUCCUGGGAUGGGGUUAGCUGUGAUAAUGUCACAGGUCAUGUAAUCGCUCUUGAUCUCAGUUGUAGUUUCCUCUCUGGCACCUUUCCUUCCAACAGCACUCUUUUUCUCCUCAAAAACUUGCAGAGCCUCAAUCUUUCCUUCAAUGAUUUUAGGCUUUCCAAGAUUCCACCAGAAAUCAGUCAGUUUACUAGACUAAAGCAUCUUGAUAUCUCUCAUUCUCAGUUUUCGGGCCAAGUUCCAGCAGAAAUUGCUCACCUACCCAAGUUAGUUUCUCUCAAUCUCUCUGGUUACGACUAUUUUGGUUUUCAUAAAUUGAUCUUUGAAACAACUACCUUGAGAAAUCUUGUUCAGAACUUAAGUGAGGUGAGAGAACUUGUGCUUAGUGGAGUGAACAUGGCAUCUGUUAAUCCUCGUUUCUUCAUGAAUCUUUCUUCUUCUUUGACUACUCUUGAUCUUUCGAUGAGUGGGUUAGGAGGAAACUUUCCCAAUAGUAUUUUCCGCUUUCCAAAUCUCAACAUUUUUUAUUUAGUUGGAGAGGGAGCCCUCACUAUUGAUCUUCCAAGUUCCAAUUGGAGCAGUCCUCUCCAAGAUUUGGAUUUAGAUGUCAUGGAUUGCGGAAGGCGAUUGCCAGAGUCUAUAGGAGAUCUAAAGUCAUUACAGUAUCUAGGUCUUGGCUGCAACUUGGAAGGUUCCAUUCCAACAUCACUUACAAAGCUCACACAACUUCGGUCACUCCAACUUUCAAGUAAUCACUUUUCUGGUCCCAUUCCAGCUUCCAUAGGGAACUUAUCCCAACUUACUGUUCUAGACCUCAAAUUUAACAUUCUUAGCCGACAAAUCCCAUCAUCACUUGCAAACCUCACACAACUUACAGUACUUGACCUUUCAGACAAUCACUUUUCUGGUCCCAUUACAGCUUUCAUAGGGAACUUAUCCCAACUUACUAUUCUGAUGCUCUCUUUGAACAAUCUUAGCGGACAAAUCCCAUCAUCACUUGCAAACCUCACAGAACUUGGCCUGCUUCUCCUUUCAAAUAAUCAGUUUUCUGGUCCCAUUCCUUUUCAUGCAAGUAGGUUUUCCAAACUAAUGUAUCUAGACUUAUCUUAUAACUUACUUAAUGGCACAUUGCCACCUUGGAUUUUCACCCUACCUUUGUUAGAGCUCUUGCAACUCAGUAAUAACCAAUUUCAAGGUCAAAUAAAUCAAUUCCAGCAAAAAUCACUCAGACUACUAGAUUUGUCAAACAAUAAACUUCAGGGUUCAAUUCCUAACUCAAUCGCUAACUUAGUAAAUCUUAAUCAUCUCGAUUUAUCAUCAAAUCAUUUCAUCAUUCUUUCAUACAAUAAUCUGUCCUUGAGAAUGAAUGUUCAUGCCAACUUCACAUUACCCGAACUAACUGAUGUUUUCUUGUCUUCUUGUAACUUGAGUGAAUUCCCCAAUUUCUUAAGACAUUCAGAUGGUCUGCAAAUCCUAGUGCUAUCCAAAAAUAGCAUUCCUGGAAAUGUUCCUGAAUGGAUAUGUGAAAAGGAUGAUCUCUUCAUUCUUGACCUUUCUCAUAACAAUUUAAGCGGGAAGAUUCCAAAUUGUGUUCUUGAGUCUCUCUCAGUGUUGAAUUUGCAGGACAAUUACUUUGAUGGAAAUAUACCAUUUGGGUUUCCAAAGGGCUGUGGAUUACAAAAUCUCAACUUUCAUGGAAAUCAAAUGGACGGGUCAUUACCAAGGUCUUUGGUGAACUGUGGCGAGUUACAGGUUCUAGACGUUGGCAACAACAACAUAGAGGAUACAUUUCCUCAUUGGUUGGAAUCUCUACCAGACCUUCAGGUGCUUAUCUUAAGGUCCAACAAGUUCCACGGUUCUGUGCAGGGCACCAAAGAAAGUCCGUCUUUUCCCAAGUUACGAGUUCUGGACCUCUCCAACAAUGAUUUUCUUGGUCCUUUGCCUGUUUGGUACAUUGAAAAUUUUAAAGCAAUGAUGGACUCUCAUGGAGAGGAUGGUUCUCCUAAGUACAUGGAGGGAAUCUUGAUCAUAUUCACUAGCAUUCAUCUCUCAAAUAACAAGUUUCAAGGAGAAAUUCCUGAUGUAAUUGGAAAGCUUAGUUCUCUCAAAGGGCUUAAUCUUUCUCAUAACAACCUUAGUGGUCCUAUCUCACCAUCACUAGGGAAUUUGUCGAAUCUUGAAUGGUUGGAUCUCUCUUCCAACGAGCUGGCAGGAAAAAUUCCAGAUGAAUUGGUAUCGUUGACACAACUUGAAGUAUUGAAUCUUUCAAAUAAUCAUCUUGUCGGACGCAUACCACAAGGCAACCAGUUCAACACUUUUGGAAAUGAUUCUUAUGAAGGAAACCUUGGACUGUGUGGAUUCCCAUUAUCAAAAUCUUGUUAUGGAAUUGGAAGCCCGCCAAGCUCCUUCCAAGAAAAAGCUGAGUUCUGGAGAUUUGGCUGGAGAGUUGUGGUGUUAGGCUAUGGAUGUGGAGUUGUUUUUGGACUGCUGUUGGGAUAUCACGUCUUCAGAACAGGAAAACCAAAAUGGUUUGUGUCUUUGUUUGUUGGCCAACCAAGUCAAAGUAGAAGGAAGAUGAGGAAAGCCAGAAGACUUGUUCAAAGAAGAAGUUAGUUGCAGAGUUGGUGUUUUAGACCUUCUGAUUUAAUGUUUCCUGAAUAAGUGCCCUUUGGGUUUGAUGUUUUUGUUAUGGUUGGCAAUGGUUUGUAUAAAAUUGUCAAUCUUCU